AUGGACGUCAAGCUGGCAGCUGUAGGCGAUUUGAGCGGCCGGACACUGCACUCACGCGAAGAGCACCAAGAAUACUUUCGCAACACCUCUGGAUUCGCGCUCCGCGAUAUCUCAGCACUGUAUACCACUCGACUCAAUGUCGACCUCUCGAAUUCGGGCGAUCACGAUCGCGCUCAGCGCAGACCUCGCAAUUAUGCAAGGGCUCAGCAACUCCAGGACGAGUCGAGAGAUCUUGGGACUGGAGAACAACCACCACGCGUCCGACAGCGCGGCACUGAGCGCCAGCCAACUGCAGCUCUGCCGAUUUAUGGCCUAGACACUGUGUUCGAGACCGACAGGCGUUUGGAACGGAUCGAAAGGCUUGGACCAGAGCGUCGAACCUACGGUGGUUCCGGGAGAAGACUUCGUGCGGCAGAUGUGGUUUAUCGACCACGAUCGAACUCCCGCGAAAGGUACUUUGGAGGCGAUGAAAACCGUGGCCUCACUACCUCGUACGUCCAAGACGGGUACGACUACGGCGCGUUGGGCGGUAUCUACACCGUGGUCGGACGAACAUCUGUGCCGCACGCUGAACGCGAAGGUCCAAAUGGCGCAUAUGACAUCCGCGCCACCGACACCAGAAGAGCUUUCCGGCAGUAUGGCGCAGCCCAUCAGGAACAGCAGUAUGGCGACACUCGCUCCUUUGAUGCUGUCGUAGACUUGGCGAUGUCUAGCCAGCAAAGAGCUUCUUCUCGCCAGAACUCCGGUUUCGAAAAUUUCGAUCGCGGCAGCCCAUCAGGCUCACGCCAGUCGUCCGGGUUCGUUUACACCGGUUUUGUAGAUACUCGCCGCAGCCGUCGCGACUCUCGAACGGAGUCGUAUGUCAAUGGCGACGCCUGGUCCUACUACUCCCGAUCGCAGGACUCCGAGCGACGUCGAUAAGUCUUCCCAGGAGGACUGGAGAAGACGCUGGCAGAGCCCGAAACAGCCAUUGCAACGAAUCAAGACUUGCUUUGAGAUUUGGCAACUUUGUGCCUGCCAGUAAGUAAGUGUUUGGGAGUUCUGAGUGUUCGUACUGCCUUUUCGAUACCCCCUAUUCAUUUGCAAUCGUGAGAAAUCUUUGUUUGAUCUGCGGUAAAAGGAGGAAUGAAUGCUGUUGUUUCAGUAGAUGUUAAAGACUAUAGGGCAGAUGAGGCGCGAGUGGUAGCAUGUACUUCACGAGAAACGCGAAUGGGUUCGGCUUCUG